AGGAGGAGGAAGAAGGCGAUCACAAGACCAACGCCGGUCCCCUCUUCGCGUCCUCCUGCUUUUUCGUUAGUUGUCUUCCCAAAGCUCAGAAGAGUUAGUCCACCUCUCUCUCUCUCUCUCUCUCGCUUUUCCCUGAUCGCCGGAGAAAUGAGAUUCGCCGCUUUCUUCCUGGAUGGCGCCUCUCGAGCCUUCAACCACCGCCCCACCUUCUCCAAGCUCGUCGUCGUCCUCGCCGCGAGUAGUGGAGGUCUUGUGGCUUAUGCUGACUCCAAGUCUGACGCCGAGUCAUCUCAAAAUGCUCCCAAGAAGAAGGUGGUGGUCCUUGGAACUGGGUGGGCCGGCACAACUUUCUUGAAAAAUAUUGAUAGCUCCUUAUACGACGUUCAAAUUAUAUCACCUCGCAACUACUUCGCAUUUACCCCCUUGCUUCCAAGCGUCACAUGUGGGACUGUUGAACCACGUAGUAUUGUUGAGCCAAUUCGCAGAGUAGUGAACAAGAAAGGGGCAGACAUUAAAUUCUGGGAAGCCGAGUGCUUCAAGAUCGAUCCAACAAACAAGAAAAUUCAUUGCCAUUCAGAUAUCGGUACAAAUUUGGAUGGUACUGGUGAAUUUGUGGUUGAUUAUGAUUACCUGGUCAUAGCAGUUGGAGCUAGGUCCAAUACGUUUAACACCCCUGGUGUAGAGGAGCAUUGCCACUUCUUAAAGGAAAUUGAGGAUGCUCAAAAAAUCCGGAGGAGUGUGAUGGACUGCUUCGAAAGGGCCAGCCUUCCAUACCUCAGUGAAGAAGAGCAAAAGAGAAAUCUCCAUUUUGUAGUUGUUGGUGGUGGUCCUACUGGUGUUGAAUUUGCUGCAGAGUUGCACGAUUUUGUUUCCGAAGAUUUGUCAAAGUUGUAUCCUGCGAUUCGUGACCUAGUGAAGAUAUCAGUAAUUGAAGCCGGAGGACACAUCUUGACCAUGUUCGAUAAAAGGAUAACUAAAUUCGCCGAAGAGAAGUUUCAAAGAGAUGGCAUUGAAGUGAAAACAGGAUAUAAAGUUGUAAAGGUUUCAGAUAGUCUGAUCACCAUGCAAAAUGCAUCCGCUGGGGAGGUUUCUGUGCCUUAUGGAAUGGCUGUCUGGUCUACUGGUAUUGGGACUCGUCCUUUUAUCCUCAACUUCAUGAAACAAAUUGGUCAGGGUAAUCGGCGUGUUUUGGCAACUGACGAAUGGCUGAGAGUCCGUGAAUGUGAGGAUGUCUAUGCAAUUGGUGAUUGUGCUACGAUAACUCAACGAAAAGUAAUGGAGGAUAUAUCGGCGAUUUUUAAGGUUGCAGACAAGGAUAAUUCUGGAACCUUGACUGUGAAGGAAAUCCAAGAUAUAUUAGAAGAUAUUUGCAUAAGAUAUCCACAAGUGGAGCUCUAUUUGAAAAGUAAGCAAAUGAGGGGCAUUGCUGAUUUGAUAAAGGAUGCUAAAGGUGAUAUUCAAAAGGAAUCUAUAGAAUUGAACAUAGAAGAGUUCAAAAAAGCUCUCGCUAAUGUGGAUUCACAAGUCAAAAAUCUUCCUGCAACUGCUCAGGUUGCUGCACAACAAGGAAAUUAUCUUGCACGUUGUUUUAACAAAAUGAAGUACAGCGAUGAGAAUCCUGAAGGUCCACUCCGAAUCAGGGAGUCUGGUCGUCAUCGCUUUCGUCCCUUCCGAUAUAAGCACUUUGGUCAAUUUGCCCCAUUGGGUGGAGAGCAAGCCGCAGCACAGCUUCCAGGAGAUUGGAUCUCCAUUGGCCACAGCACUCAGUGGCUCUGGUAUUCUGUGUAUGCAAGCAAACAAGUAAGUUGGCGUACGAGGGCUUUGGUGGUAUCUGAUUGGAUGCGUAGAUUCAUUUUUGGGAGGGAUUCGAGUUGCAUAUAGUUGGGCACUCUGCAACUACCUGUUGUAAACGUAAAUUCUGUCAAAAUUUUCACCUAGCCAAAUUAUGCAAGUUUGCGAAUUUGUUUCACCACCAAUUUUGAUAUAACUAUGUUUUCUUUCUAAUAUUUGUUGAUUAAUUGCUUGAUACUUGAGCAAACUCUGUCCAUCCUCAUAUAGCUGUUAUGUUGUUUGUUGCAGAAAACCAAUGAGGAAUAAAAAUUAUAAUUUGAAUUGUGAAA